CAUCCAACAUUGCAUUCACGGUUCAAGGUCGCACAGGCAAGGAAAUCUGUCUUCUUGUUUGCUUUAUCUUCGCGCUCGUGUUUGAUGAGCGGAGCUGGAAAUGGUGCGGCAGGCUCCGAAGCCACAGAGAAUGCCUCUAGACCAAAGACUUCUGAACCCCCUGUGAUGGAUGGUUCAUCGAGCUCGAAAGUCACGGUGGAGUACCAUGACCCUUCUGGCCUCUUUCCCUUGGUCCAAGAACAGCUGGCAUCAAGAUUUCCGCUGCGGAAUCUACAUUGGAAAUCGCCGACCCGCCCCUUAAGGUCUAUUGAUUCGCUCCAUGUAGACCUUGUUCCAAGCCAGGACUCUGUGCACAUUGCUGGUGUGACUAGUGGACUGACUGCUCAAGAUGGAUCUCAAACUGCUCCUGCCAAUCGCUCCGCAUCAAGUGGUGAAAUCCUUAGACCGCCUUCGAAAGAGAGACGGCAUCAGAUCCCGGGACUGAGACAGACACCUUAUUUGAAAGUGUAUCUCCUUAGAUGCGAUGAUUCAGACACAUACAAGGCCACUGCUCGGAAACAAUUGAGAGAAUGGGUGAAGGCCCACACACCUCCAUCUCAGAGCAGCUCCUCCUCCAGUACCCAGGAGAACCAUGACGCCUUCGAGUGGAUGAUUCUCCAUGUGGUAGUACCCGACACCCCUGCUGCGAGUCAGCCUCGUGGCUCAGCUUCUUCUACUACUAGCACUGGAGAAAAAGAGAAAUCGAGCGCUACUUCGCGCUGGACGCGGGGUACGACAACUAUCCUCGAGAAGAUAAGGGCUGAUUUCAACAUCUCUUCCAAAUCUGCCCCUGAUAGAGUCGCUCAAGUCCGCUUGCGCAAAGAUGCAGUUCCUCCCCAUAUGCUUCCAACAACAACUGCUACGGCAACUCCUCCGAUCACGGAGAGUCCACAGGAGGAGCAGCGAGCUUGGGCCGAUGUUAUAGCCAAGUUCAAGUCUUUGAUUCUACUGUCGUUUGAUCUUCGCGUUCGCCAGUAUGAAGAGGAUAUCAGAGAAAAGGAAGCGCAGCGCGUCCUGCCUGGCUGGAAUUUCUGUACUUUCUUCAUGCUCAAGGAAGGCCUAGCCAGAGGAUUCGAGAGCGCAGGUCUGGUCGAGGAUGCUCUUCUUGGGUACGAUGAACUCAGCGUGGGACUGGAUUCUGUCAUCCGUGACCAAGCGAAUGAUGGAAGCGGAGGACCAGGCGGUGAGAUACUUGCUUACACGGAAGAAUUGUUCGAGAAAGCACAAGAGAUCUACAAGCGGUCGCAGAAGGAUGACGGCGGACGCAAGGAGCCCAUGGGCCAUAUCCACGACGCCCGGCCAAUCGAUUCGAGAAAGAAAAACUACCGAGACCUAAUUCUCUCGAACAAGAUCUCUAUAUUCGACUUCCGGUGCUACAUCUUCGCGCGUCAGAUGUCAUUGUUGCUGCGCUUAGGAAAUGCACACUCCGCGCGAUCCGAUCUGGCCGCAAAGCUGCACCCUAGGCCUACCAGUAUCCACCGCUCAAUAUCUGAAAAUGACGUCCCGCAGGGAAGUAAGAUCGCCAAUUCGAAGGAAGACUCUGAAGAUCUCCUUGCUCUGGCGGAGUUAUGCUCACGUGCGCUGAACUUCAUCACGUUCGCUGGGCGGCUGUUGCGAGAGGAUCUGAUCAACGGAGCAAAGGCACACGACACUGAGUUCCCCCAGCACCUGAUUGAUAAUCUGGUGCAUUCGUGGACGUAUGCCGCAUUACAGCAACUGAUAGAAGAGACUGCGACUUCCUCGUUACCCAUCUCACGAUUCUCACAAGACAUCUCGACAAGUUCUUCAGGAAAGAUGCAGCCUUUUGGAGACCACAGCAGGGAGCAGAAACUGAGUUUCGCGGAACCGAAAACAAUGAUCCAUCCUACUCGCUCUUCAUCUCUACACUUUGGCCGUUCGUCUUCAGCAGAUCCCCCAUAUGCUCAGACCCCUCCAAGCGCACAUGUCAUCUAUGAGAAUGGACAGCACCGUGAUCGCCCAGUUCCACCAGUGCACGAAGUUCCAGCAGGCGGAAUCAGAACAGGGUCACAGGAACUGGCUGCCACAAGGGCGCAAUUGUAUAUUGUGCAACGACGCAUUUUAGAGAAUAUUGGAAAGUCAUUGGGAUGGAUGGUCGGGUGGGCUGCCAUAUUGCCACCAGAGAAUGAGAAGGAGGAGCUCAGUGACGUCGACCUGAGCGAGGCAGGCGAUCCCCAAGAAGUGGAUGGUGCCAGAGUUAAGCCAAGUGGUGUCGCCUUCACCAGCGUUGGGCUCUCUGCGGCCGCUCUUGUCGAUGCCAUUUCAUCCGAAGAACAUUUUCGGCAGUGCUAUGAGACCUUAAGCGACACGAUCGUAAAGCAUUACAUGGCGGCCGGUCAAGUAAAAGCUGCAGAAAGCGUCCUUGGCGAUUUAGCUGCGCUGCGAUAUGAUGUCGGCGACUAUGCUGCUGCUGCCAUGUAUUUUGGGCGCAUGGCCUCUUCCUUCGCUGAGAGCAGGUGGAACCUCGUGGAAGCAACGAUGUUAAGGCUGUAUGCACAGUGCCUCAAGAAACUCAACCGCAAAGAUGAAUAUGUCCGCACUCUGCUGGACUUGCUCACCAAGUCAGCUGCGCAUAAGAGGAGGGUCAAAUCCGGAAAGGACCACGAGGCUGGACUUCCUAACAAUUGGCUUGAUGACGACAAGCUAGAGACUGCAGGUGUCCUUGCUGAAUUGAUCGAGUAUUCGGAACAACUCCCCUACGACAAAACAGUGGCCAUGAACUACUACUUCGAGGAUAUCUCUGUGGAGCCAUUUGUGCGGCAUUACGAAGACAAGGAUGGGUUCCAGCUUCGUCUCACCUUCAGGCAUGUGCUCGAGGAUGGAAUCGUAAUUGAUCGAGCCAAAGUGCAUUUAGUCGGCACAACUCCAGCUCAGACCAAAGAUAUCUGGUUGGACAGCACGGGUUCUAUCGAAGUGAAGAGGGGAAUAUGCCGUGUAUGGCUCAAUUCUAAUGUCAAUACCACGGGUCCCUACGUUGUCGACAAGAUCCUUCUCAGCGCGAAGAGAAUACUCUUUUCCCACGAGCCCUUUUCCAAAGCAGAAGCAACCACGCCGCUGGGCAUCAUCACCUCCGUCUCCGCGACUUCGUUGAAGGUCGCGAGGAAGAAUCGGAUCCUGUGCUAUCCCCGCCCCGAAUCCCUAGGUGCCAAAGUUGGCUCAUCGAAUUUCAUUCACAUGGACCAACCGCGCUCGAUCGAGAUUCAAUGCUCUAGCGGUUGGAACGCCAUUCAGAAAGCAGAGAUUCGACUGAAGUCUGCAUCAGCGGGGCUUCGGUUACGCACGGCCAAUACAACCGUGACGGAGGGGGACAUAGAGAUUAUGGAGAAGGGUCAGAAGCCUGGUGUAUUUACCAUCGCAAGCAUGUCCAGCGACACUACGGCGAGGUACAGCAUCCCGUACGAGCUGGAGACCAUGUUGCCCGAACUGUCCAUCAAGCUGGAGAUUGACUAUACUACGGACCGGGGCCAGUUUCAGUACCAUUCCUCCUUCACGAUACCCAUUGAGCUCCCGCUGGACGUAAACGUGCACGACCAUUUCAAGAAUGAGGCCCUGUUCUCCAAAUUCAACAUCAAGACUGCAAAUCAAACCCCUUUGGAGAUUCUCAAAGUGGGUCUCGAGGGCUCGGAGGAGUACGAUGUCAUUGCGCCGAAGAUGAAUACUGUGGACGGGGCUGGCGCAAUGGUGUUUCCUAAACAGCCGUUAGCAGUGACCUAUCGGAUCGUCAAGAAGCCGCAAGAUAAGAGCGCAAAAUCCAAAGCCGGGGUGAAAGCGUCGGCGAGCAAUACCGGGAGUCUAGCUCUGUCAGUGACAUAUCGCUGUCUCGACGAGGAUGUCCUCGACCGUCUGUGCGCGCUAUUCACAUCCGCCAUGAAGGACAGCCCGGUCGCGAACGUGUCGAGGCUACUAGCUGUAACGUUUGCACAACGCGUGAAACAGCGCGUCCUUCCACACCAGAUGGAACGCAUAGCCUUGCUAGAGAAAGUGAACCUUGGGUCCUUUGAGGAUAUGAACUGGGGAGAUUGCUUGGACGGUCUGCCGCCAACGGUGAGGAAAGAAGUGUCCAACUGGUUAAAAGACUGGUGUCAGAAACACAGAACCAUCCUUCUCCCUUCAUCCAACGCCUCCCCCUGCGACCCAGGAUCGCAAAAUCUACCUUCGGCACCUCCCUCGCCGAAUCCCCCAAGACACAUCAUCAUCACAGUCUCCAUCCCGCAUCCAGACAUCCUCUUCACCGCCUCCCUUUCCCUCUCCCUCCCAACAUCCUCUUCACCGCCUACUUCGCAGAUGCACAUGCCCAUAGCCAUAUCCGGCAAACCGCUGCACACGACGCUGAGGAUCAAGCACACGCGGCUGUGGGCGCGGGCUCCCACGCAUCCCGCGAAGAAGAGAGCCGGGCAAAAGCAACACGUGCUGGAGGGAGAGGACAAGAAGGAGAAGAAGGCAGAGUUCGUGUACACGAUGCUCGCGGACCCGGAGACGUGGCUCGUCGCCGGGCAGCGGAGGGGCCAUUUCUCGCUCCCGCUUCGCACGGCCGUCGAUGAUGAACAGCAGGAAGGUGGGGCCGAGGAGAAGGAGAAGGAGGGAUCGCAGCUCUCCAUCCCUCUGAUCCUGAUUCCCCUCGUCCACGCGGGCGUCGCUCUUCUGCCGACCAUUGAUAUUCGCCCUGUUGUCCCCGAACGCAGGGGCGAUGGUGAAACUGCUGUUGCUGCAGGGACGACGGGCGCAGCAGGACAAGGAUAUGAGGAGGAGAGGAUGCAUGUAGAGACGGACUGGUUGAGUGCGGGGGAGAGCGUGGUCGUGGUCCCCGAUGUGCGGAGUGCGACUGUUGGGGUUGCGAUUGGGGAGAACGUCGGGGCCGGGGAGAAGGGAGGGAUGGGAGGAGGAGUGAGAAGUGUGUGGGUUGAUGGCGUGGGGCUGUAGAUAGAUAGGGUAGAUAGUCAUCCAUCAAGGAGUGAAUGGACG